AUGCACUCUCUGAGUGACGACAGUUUCAUGUCUGGUCCGGACUCUCUGAGUGACGACAGUUUCCUGUCUGGUCUGGACUCUCUGAAUGACAACUAUUUCCCGUCUGGUCCGAACUCCAUGAGUGACGACAGUUUCCUGUCUGGUCCGGACACUCUGAGUGACGACAGUUUCCUGUCUGGUCCGAACUCUCUAAGUGACAACAGUUUCCUGUCUGGUAUGAGUGAUGACGGUUUCCUGUAUGGUCCGGACUUUCUGAGUGACGACAGUUACCUGUCUGGUCCAGACUCUGGUUUCCUGUCUGGUCCGGACUCUCUGAGUGACGACGGUUUCCGGUCUGGUCCGGACUCUCUCAGUGACGAUAGUUUCAUGUCUGGUCUGCACUUUCUGAGUGACGACAGUUACCUGUCUGGUCCAGAUUCUGGUUUCCUGUCUGGUCCAGACUCUCCGAGUGACGACAGUUUCAUGUCUGGUCCGGACUCUCUCAGUGACGAUGGUUUCCUGUCUGGUUCAGACUCUCUGAGUGACGAUGGUUUCCUGUCUGGUCCAGACUCUCUGAGUGACGACAGUUUCAUGUCUGGUCCGGACUCUCUGAACUCUCUGAGUGACGACAGUUUCCUGUCUGGUCCAGACUCUCUGAGUGAUGACAGUUUCAUGUCUGGUCCGGACUCUCUGAGUGACGACAGUUUCAUGUCUGGUCCGGACUCUCUGAGUGAUGACAGUUUCAUGUCUGGUCCGGGCUCUCUGAGUGACGACAGUUUCCUGUCUGGUCCGGACUCUCUGAGUGACGACAGUUUCCUGUCUGGUCUGGGCUCUCUGAGUGACGACAGUUUCCUGUCUGGUCCGGACUCUCUGAGUGACGACGGUUUCCUGUCUGGUCCGGACUCUCUGAGUGACGACGGUUUCAUGUCUGGUCCGGGCUCUCUGAGUGACGAUGGUUUCAUGUCUGGUCUGGACUCUCUGAGUGACGACAGUUUCAUUGACGACGGUUUCCUGUCUGGUCUGGACUCUCUGAGUGACGACAGUUUCCUGUCUGGUCCGGACUCUCUGAGUGACGACGGUUUCAUGUCUGGUCCGGACUCUCUGAAUGACGACAGUUUCAUGUCUGGUCUGGACUCUCUGAGUGACGACGGUUUCAUGUCUGGUCUGGACUCUCUGAGUGACGAUGGUUUCAUGUCUGGUCCGGACUCUCUGAAUGACGACAGUUUCAUGUCUGGUCUGGACUCUCUGAGUGACGACAGUUUCCUGUCUGGUCCGGACUCUCUGAGUGACGACGGUUUCAUGUCUGGUCCGGACUCUCUGAGUGACGACAGUUUUAUAUGUGGUCCGGACUCUCUGAGUGACGACAGUUUUAUAUGUGGUCCGGACUCUCUGAGUGAUGACGGUUUCACAUCUGUUCUCUUAGUUUCUCAUUAA